GGAAGCAUAGAGGCGGUUGCAUGAAGCAGGAAGUGUGUGUGGCAAACAGAUCGACUGAUACAACUUUGUGCUCCCAGUAUUGUUUUAGUCAAAAGUUGGAAAGUCCGUUGAGACGUCGAUUGUGCGCUUUCCUGUUGACCUAACCUCCGAAAGAUGACGCUGCAAUGGACCGCUGUGGCCCUCUUCCUCUAUAUGGAGAUAGGCAUCCUUUGCAUCCUCUGCCUGCCCUUCAUCUCAGCUAAGCGGUGGCAGAGCAUUUUCAAUUUGAGGAUCUGGAGCCCGGUUGCCCACUUUUCAAACAAAGUCUUCCUUACAAUGAUUAUCAUACUUAUUGUCCUUUUCCUUGAUGCAGUACGCGAGGUGAGAAAGUACUCGGUUAAAAAUCUCGGCACAGAUGCCAAGCUGCUGCCCAACAUGCAUGACCACAUGCAUAUGAAGCUUUUCCGGGCACAGCGGAACCUUUACAUAUCUGGCUUCGCCGUCUUCCUCUGGCUGGUUAUGAAGCGAGUGGUUACCUUGAUUAACCAACUGGCUUCAGUGUCUGGGACCACCACUGCCCUGCAGGCGCAGGCUGAAAAUGCAAACAAAACUGCCCAAAAGUACUUGGAAGACAACGAGCUGCUGAAGAAGACGCUGAUGGAGGGGGCGGGAGAUAAAGCAACAGCGGAGGGCAUGGAGCUCUUGAGGAAAGAGGUGGAGAAAUUGAAAGACGAACUGAAGACGUCAGAAGAUGCGCUGAAGAAGUCUGAGUGCGAUGCGGAUGGAUUGAAGAAACAGACAGACGGUCUCGCUAGGGAGUACGACAGACUGCUUCAAGAACAUCAGGAGCUUCAGAAUGUUCAAAGUCCUGUGAACAAAAAAGAAGACUAGCCUGUGGAACAAGCACUCCACUGACCACCUGAAGUACACACAACCUUUUUAAUGGCGCACUUUUUCCUCCCCAAAGCGAAUCUUUUUGGGUCUCCUGUCGCCUGACUAUCUUCAAGGGGAGUUUCACGCCCACUUUCCUUUUUCUUUCUGGCACUGCGACUAAGACGAUUGCUGCUGGAGUCAAUGCUCUCUCUUUUUAGUUGGGAACUUCUCUGGAGCGAUAUUGGCAUGCUUUUCCAAGAGGGAAAAAAAGGCCCAUUCAGCAUGCCUUCAGCUGAGUCUUUCUCGGAAAUUGUUUCUCAAUCUCUGAAUGGAUCAUUCCCUUCUUCCUGACCUCCAUCACUCGUGAAAAGUUGCUGUUUUCAUACGUUUACAUUUAUUCGGAUGUGCACUGAGAAAUCGUUAUGUUCUCAUUAACUUUAAUUUUACAUGGUGAAGCAUAGUGGUAACAAUUUCCAACGUCAAGCAAAUUCCCCCAUGGCCAUCCUUGUCUUAAAUUGAAGAUGUGAAAUGAAAAAAAUGUGUUAUGGAAUGUUUUUGUGGUAUGUUAUGGUACAGUGUACGGGUUUUGCCACACGGGACGUUGAAUGUUGACACCCAAAUUCACCAAUGUUUCACUUCGUCUAUGGGGAAUGGGCUUUCUGCAUACCUUGUUCAUUUUGCUAGUCAAGUAUUGUAAAUCAACAUGUCUGUCGGGAAGUUGCAGAAUGUUUUUGAUGAUUUUAAUUUUUUUGUAUGGGUUUUUUUUUGUUGCUGUUUGUUUUGCAAGGUGGCCUCUUAUACAAAAGCAGCCCAACACAUUUUUAGGAUUGGUUAUUAAAAGUUAUAUUGAAAUGUAUUCAAUUUUACAAAAGUAAUCCUGAACAUUUAAAUACAUUCUGAUUUUUUUUUUUGUGAUGUAAGUUACAUGAUGGAUAACUUCCUUCUGGAAAGCCUCAUCGCCACUGUUAGUCUGUACAUAAUACUUGUGCCUGACACGGCCCAAUUCAAAAGACAGUAGUCACAAUACAUUUGAAACUCCCAUUUGGUUAAACAGCGCAUAUCGUCCAUCGAGACAAAGUCUUCCAAACAAUAUUCUCGACAUUUAUGAGGGCAUUAUACAUACAUACAUAUUCUGAAUGUACAAUUGCUCAGUGUAUCAGGAGGAUGUCCCGCUCCAGAAAAAAAUCUCGUGAACACCU